AUGCGUUGCUCUAAAACCCAAAUGUUCACGUUUCUUGUUCUGUCGGUCGUUCUGAUUGGUGUCCUGACCAAUGCUGAAGAGUGCGAAGACCUAAACAAAGAUUGCGCAGACAGAAAGUAUCUUUGUACGGACUAUAAGGAUUAUGCGGCGAAGAACUGCAGAAAAUCGUGCGAUUUAUGUGAAGGUGGCGGCGGCGGUGGCGGUGGCGGUGAUGAAGAUGACCUCGAUGAUCUUAAAUGA